GACUACCCAGUCCCCUCCUAUAUAAAAGCCCAUAUUGCUCUCCACCUCCGCCUCUAAUAGUCUGGUACUAGGGUUUCUUCGCCGUUAUCACGAACCGGCCAGGCGAGUCGAGGCCUAGCCCCAACCGGAAAUGGCCCCUAAAAGAGGUGUAAGAGUGGCAGCAGCAUCUGCCAAAAAGAAACCUGAGAAGUUCGUGAACCCGUUAUUUGAGAAGCGUUCGAAGCAGUUUGGUAUAGGUGGUGCUUUGCCUCCAAAGAGAGAUCUUCACCGAUUUGUGAAGUGGCCAAAGGUUGUUCGCAUCCAGAGAAAGAAGCGGAUCCUUAGGCAGCGCUUGAAGGUCCCACCAGCAUUGAAUCAGUUCACCAAGACCCUGGACAAAAACCUUGCAACAAAUUUGUUCAAGUUGCUUCUCAAGUACCGGCCGGAGGACAGAGCAGCAAAGAAGGAGCGCCUUUUGAAGAGGGCUCAAGCUGAGUCUGAAGGAAAAACUGUUGAAGCUAAGAAGCCCAUUGUAGUGAAAUAUGGACUCAACCAUAUUACCUACCUGAUCGAGCAGAACAAGGCACAGUUGGUAGUUAUUGCUCAUGAUGUGGACCCAAUAGAGCUGGUUGUCUGGCUUCCUGCAUUGUGCAGGAAGAUGGAGAUCCCUUUCUGCAUUGUGAAGGGGAAGUCGCGUUUGGGAGCGAUUGUCCACAAGAAAACAGCUUCUGCCUUGUGUUUGACCACUGUGAAGAAUGAGGAUAAGUUGGAGUUCAGCAAAAUCCUGGAGGCCAUCAAGGCAAACUUCAAUGACAAGUAUGAUGAGUACAGAAAGAAGUGGGGAGGUGGGAUCAUGGGCUCCAAAUCACAGGCCAAAACAAAGGCCAAGGAAAGAGUUCUAGCUAAGGAAGCUGCUCAAAGGAUGUCUUAAAGAGUAUAAGUAGUCCUAGAGAGAUGACCAGUUCUUACGUUGUGUUUUUUGUUUUUCCAUAUGAGUUUAACUUCUGCUAUUUAAAUUCAUGACCGAAUUCACCUUGUGCUACUCUCUCUAGCCAUGGGAGUGUGAUAUGUUUUUUCUUUUUUUAUACUCUUGUUAGGUCUCAUUUUUGGUUAGAUAUAAAAAACUGUUUUUUUUUUUUUU